CGAUUCCUCUGCUCUUCAGACACAAACACAAAAAUAUCAAUCUAAACAAAGACUAAAGAUAGAUUCGAAAAAAAGACUAAAGAUAGAUUCGAGACAAGAAUCGAGAUGAAGUUCGGGAAGGAGUUCUCGUCGCAGAUGGUGCCAGAGUGGCAACAAGCUUACAUGGAUUACGAUUUUCUCAAAACUCUUCUCAAAGAAAUCAUCCGAUUCAAACUCCGAACCAACAACGCACAUCCUCAUGGCGGUGGCGCCAAGAAUCACCACGACGGAGGAUUAAACCGGAAAAUGACUCUAUACCGCGCGUUUAGCGGUUUAGUCUCAACGCCGGGAAGGCAAAGACGAAGCAAUAAUCCUCACGACGUCGAGGAAGGGAUACAGUUAACGGCGACGACGUCGACGUCGGGACCGAUUCUGGUGAACAACACGGCGAGUCGCGGUUACGAGACGACGUUUCUGAUGGCGGCGGAGGAAGGAGGAGAGUAUGAGUUAGUGUUUUUCAAAAGACUAGACGACGAGUUCAAUAAAGUCAACAAAUUUUACAGAGAGAAAGUAGAGGAAGUGUUGAAAGAAGCUGUGGUGCUCAACAAACAGAUGGACGCUUUGAUCGCGUUUCGUGUCAAAGUUGAGAAUCCACAAGGUUGGGGAUGGGAUGAACGGACGGUUGAGAUUACUCGAUUAGCUUCCGAUAUCGCUACUUCUGCGGCGGCUCUCUCCGCUUCUACUCCCGCCGGAGCUAAAUCCAUGAAGGUUCGAAGUCAAGCUGCUCAUAUGGAGUCAAUACAGGAAAGAGGCUCGAGAAGAGCUGGGCAAAUAGAAGAAAAUGAUGAAGAAGAAGAGGAAGAAGAAGAAGCAGAAAAUAAUGUAGACGUGAAUACGAGCAGGAUGAGAGGAUUGAGACCAGCUCCGAUUGAUGUUCUGGAUCGAGUCAAGAUCAACAACACCAAAGAGACGCCUCGUUCCACCAUUAAAGGAGUUCUCCAGGUAUCGAGCCAGACCGAGUUAAAAUUCAGCAGAGAUAAUCUGAGGAAAGUCGAGGAGAGGCUCAGGCGUGCUUUCGUCGAGUUUUAUCAGAAGCUUCGGCUUCUCAAGAGCUACAGUUUUUUGAAUGUAUUGGCGUUCUCGAAGAUAUUAAAGAAGUAUGAUAAGGUAGCCUCGAGGGAUGCAACGAAGUCUUACAUGAAAGUAGUUGAUAGUUCAUACCUGGGAAGCUCUGAUGAGGUUAUGAGACUCAUGGAACGUGUUGAAGCUACAUUCAUAAAGCAUUUUUCAAAUGCUAAUCGAACAAAAGGAAUGAAUAUCUUACGGCCUAAAGCGAAACGAGAGAGACAUAGACUUACAUUCUCAACUGGUUUCACGGCUGGAUGCGUUUUCUCUCUUAUCGUGGCUCUUGCCGCGAUCAUCCGCACCCGUCAUCUCUUGCAAGAGGAAGGCCAGAAGCAAUACAUGAAUACUAUGUUCCCUCUGUAUAGCUUAUUCGGUUUCAUCGUGCUGCACAUCAUCAUGUAUGCUGCUAAUAUAUACUACUGGAGGCGAUACCGUGUAAACUAUUCCUUCAUAUUUGGGUUCAAGCAAGGAACUGAACUUGGAUACAGACAAGUCUUGCUUGUGGGUUUCAGCAUCGGAGUCUUUGCAUUGCUUUGUGUUCUUGCCAAUCUUGACAUGGAGGCAAAUCCCAAAACGAGAGACUAUCAAGCAUUUACCGAACUUCUUCCUCUUUUCCUACUUGUUGCUCUGUUCGUGAUUCUAGUCCUGCCAUUCAACCUCUUUUACCGCUCAAGUCGCUUUUUCUUCCUCACUUGUCUGUUUCAUUGCCUCGCCGCUCCUCUUUACAAGGUAACAUUACCUGAUUUCUUCUUGGGCGAUCAAUUAACUAGCCAGGUUCAAGCUAUUAGAAGCAUCCAGUUCUACGUCUGUUACUAUGGUUGGGGAGACUUCAAACAUAGAGAGAACACUUGUAAUCAAUCUGGUGUGUACAAAACUUUCCUCUUCAUCGUUGCUGUCAUCCCUUAUGUCUCUCGCCUCCUUCAGUGCCUGCGACGGCUAUUUGAGGAGAAAAACCCGGAGCAAGGGUACAACGGACUCAAGUACUUCUUGACUAUAGUGGCGGUUUGCUUGAGAACGGCUUACAGUAUCCAGACAGGUCAAAUCGCUUGGAGGGUCUUAGCCGCUAUCUCCUCAGCUGUAGCUGCAAUAUUCUGUACAUACUGGGACUUUAUCCAUGAUUGGGGUCUUCUAAAGCGGACAUCUAAAAACCGCUGGCUCCGUGAUAAACUCCUCAUUCCUCAGAAGAAAGUUUACUACAUCGCGAUGAUUUUAAAUGUCCUGCUGAGAUUUGCGUGGAUCCAGACGGUUCUAGAUUUCCACUUCUCCUUCAUGCAUAGACAAACGAUGGUUACUCUUGUUGCUAGUCUUGAGAUCAUUCGUCGUGGUAUCUGGAAUUUCUUCAGAUUAGAGAACGAGCAUUUGAACAAUGUAGGGAAAUUCCGAGCCUUCAAGUCCGUUCCAUUACCGUUCAACUACGAUGAAGAUGAAGAUAAAGACGAUUAGUAGUUUCAGAAGACCGUGAAUACUCUUUUCAGUUACCCGAAGUCCAUCAAACCGUAUACACCUGUCUUUCUUUUUAUUUUUUGUCGACAGAAUAGAAAUGUAGGAGGCAUCAAAGACAUGUAACACAAGGUUCGAUUUUUAGUGGUAAAUCGUGUAGGAACAUAUAUACAGUAUUGUUCAAACUGUUCAUUGCAGUUUAUAUAGAAUUCAUUUUAUUCAA